AGGAAAGGUUUGGUAUUCGGCCUCAGUUUUAGGAAGUAACAAUAGCUCGUAAAUUACACCGUGGAGAAUUUUAUACUGCUUAACAACAUUUAUCUGUUGUAAAAGGCUGGCGUGAAUUAACUCACCACGUUGUGAACAAUCUGUGAAACAGUACUAUAGAAAUGCACCACACUGGGAUCUUGUACACUUUGUGUGUUGGAGCGAUUUUACUGUGUUUUGUAUCACAGCAGUGCGCGAGCGCAAAUUCUGCAAAGCUGCUGCAGCUCACUGCUGAGGGCUUUAAAGAGCACGUGCAGACCGGAAAUACAUCUCUUGUUUACUUUGGCAAACACGCUGAUCCAGCAAUUCAGACAUUUCUAGAGCAGCUAGAGAAGUCCGCCAUGGCGUUAGAGGACUACGGCAUAUUGGUGGCAAUGGUGAAUUGCUCCAAAGAAAAUGUUGCUGAUUACUGCACAGAGGAAGAAAUUAUGAGAAAAGCAUAUUUAUUCAGAGGUGCUGACGUCUUGAGAGGUUUUGAGAUUGACACCAUUUUUGACGUCAAUGCCAUCGUGUCCCAUAUGUUAUUCACGGUACUCUUCAAUGAGGUUCGCUACGUUCACACUCCGGCCGAGUUGGUUGGCGUUGAGAGGGUGGCAAAGGGAAAGACAGACAUCGUGAUGGGUCACAUACCUGCGCUCGGGCUUCCCGAGCAUCGGGCUUUAAUGGAGGCAGCGUUUGUGUACGGAGGAAAGUACCAGUUUGUGCAGACUACCGGAACACCUCUGCUCAAACACAUGGGGAUUGCUGAUGUGUCCUCUGUCCAGGCGCGUCUCUGGUUCCUCCAUUGCAACGUCGUGUCACAGUCUUCUGAACCGUGUCCACACACACUCAUGAGAAAGCCACUGAGCACCAUCAACAUACAUGCCUUCCUUCAGCUGAUGGAGGCACCGGUCCUGGUGGAGGCAGACAUGGAUCCUGAAGACGUGGACGUGAUCUAUAAUCACCUGAACGUGCCCGUGCUGUUCCUCUUCGCUCAGACCGAGACACUGCACAUGGAUCGAAGCAUGGCUGAGACUUUGGCCUGGAGGCUACGAGGAGAGAUCGGCCUCGUCCUAAUCCACAGGGACAAUCCCAGGGUUAAAACUCCCCUCCGAUAUAACGCUGCAUAUCGACUCCCACACGAGGGAGUGAAGUAUUAUUCUUUGAAGAAUGUUGAAGAAGUCUUUAACCUUAUUCAAGGUCAACUAUUCCAAGAGGAGAAGGAAGAAGAAGAAGAUGGGGAUGAAGAUGAAGAUGAGGAUCACUGGGCUUCUUUAGAUGUUUUGGAUGAUGAGGUGGCGGAGUCCGUGUACAGAGACCGUGGUGUAACUCUGGACAUGGAGUCUGUCUCAGAGCUCACAGCCGACACGUUCGCCGCUGUAGUAACACAGAAUGGCUUCACGGUGGUGCUGUUGUACUUGAAAUGGGACGCCGUGUCCAUGGCUUUUCUGCAGUCUUAUAUUGAGGUUGCUGAUGCACUCAGAGGAGUGAGUGAUGUCACACUGGCCUCAGUAGACUGUGGCGAGUGGACAUGUGUGUGUCGUGAGCAGAAUGUCUCCUCUUUCCCCUCCGUCCUGCUGUUUCGCCUGGGUGAAGAUGCUCAGUUUUACAGAGGCAUGAUGGGAAUGGAAAGCCUGUAUAAAUUCAUUUUGCUGAGUCAUCUGUCCGUCCCUCUCUUUCUGUCCUCCUCGGAUGAAGUCCUGUCAUUCCUGGAAGGAGAGCUGUAUAACAGACACUCUUCUCUCACGCCCAUCCGAGUGCUCGGUCUUUUCGCGCCCGAAGAUCCGGAUGUGGCCAUUUUUGAAGAAGCAGCGAAAUACCUGAGGGGGGAAAUGAUUCUGGGACUGUUUCAGCACAACGAGGCUAAAAAAUGGUCUCAGGAGCAUUCUGUAAUGCUGCCUGCUGUUCUAGUGUCUUAUGGCCCUGGAGUUCAAAGAAAAGUUCAUUCCCUUCUUUUAUCCACAUUACAGGAAACGAUCUCACACAUCAGGAGAGCGACACGUGAUACGUUUGUAAGAACCAAUUUAUUCCCUGAACUGACGGUGGAGAACCUGCCAUGGUACAUGGAGCUCAGGAAGCCUUUGCUGAUCAUGUUUGUUGGGGGAGAAGAAAGUCCAGAGACUUUACAGUCUCUUGAGGAGAUGAGAAAAGCUGAGACAUCCGGGCAGUUGGAGUCAUCACUGCCUUGCUGGAUCCACCUGGGUCGCACACCGGCUGGAAGGGCCGUCUUAGAGACGUAUCUUAGCUACGUUCCUCCGCUCCCUGCGUUGGUGCUCUCACAGCUGAGCUCAGGUGGAGAAGUGUAUCACUUCCCCACAGAGCGUCCUCUGCUGGCUGAAAACAUCAUUCAGUGGCUGCAGCGGAUAGAAAACCAGCAGGAGGAGGCUGCAGGUGUGAUUCCAGAUAAAGCUUGGCGUCCACCCGUACCGUUUUAUGACUUUCUGGUCGUUAUGGACGAAGAGGCGCCGGGAUACGCGGCUCAGCGGAGCCCUAAAGCAAAGCCUGUUGGGAAAAAGGAGGAAGUAGAUCAGGAGACACAACAUGAAGGAAGAGAAACAGCUUUCAAACCUCAAACAGCUCCUCAUCAUACUGAACUAUAGACUUAUAGACUUUUCUCAUGGUACUUCUUCACAGAUGACUAAAAGGAGUCCUGGCGGUAUUUAUAUCAAUCUAAAUGGGAAAAAAAGGAAAAACGGUAUUUGAACCUAAAGUCUAUUUACAUUAUAUACUGCUGUUCUUUCUCAGGUCAGAUGCAUUGCAUACCGCCAUUUUCAGGUGAACCAUAUAUGGCAGUUAGGCUGCAGCUUUAUAAUAUUCAAUUUAUUAUGAUUAUGUAUUAUUUAUAUAUUUAUUUAUUUUUUAAAAGAAUGUAGCAUUUUACAGAAGGUCCUAUUACACUUUUUUUAUUAUGCAGUAAUUUCUUGGCUGAUUUGUACAGAAAAGCUGAGAUACAGUACCAGUGUAUUCCUGUAAUUCGACAUGUUUAUGAUUUGAUGAGAAGCUGAGGUUUUUUUCAAUCGUCCUCUCUUCGUGCCGUUCUGCUUCUGCUGUCGAACGUAACAUAACAAACCUGUGUUUCAUUUCCUAUGCUGUAAAAGUUGACUGCGAGUGUCUUUUAAAUAGGAGACUGGGGAAAAAACAGCAAUCAAAAGAGUAGGAAAAAGGAAAAGUUUUUAUACAUGUCAUGCUCUUUUCCAAUAAAAUUUCAAGUAUGAGCUCAUAUUAGAAAGGAAAUUGGGCUUUCUUUUGGAUUUCUUUGUGCACUUUUAUGAUUGAGUCUGUAAAAAAGUGCAUAUCUAGUGAGAUAAUACAGUCCUAAAAGCCGUUUUCGGUUCCUUCAUCGUCGAAUCAGUGGUGUUUUUGGUUAAAUGCCUGAAAUAAGGAAACAAAACUAUAUUUACUGUUAAAUUUGUUUAAUUUUAUACAUAUUUAAAUACAUACA